AUGGUUGCUACAAGGAUGCAUUCGAAAUCAUCAGGAAUAAUUAAAUCUUUCUCAGAGGAUCAAUUAUCGUCUUCAGCUGUUGCUAAUAUUAUCCAUCGUACAAUAAGGGAUACGGAUACGGACAAUCUUCAAGGUUCUUCAACAUCAUCAAUUAUUAGGGAAGGUCAUUCGAUGGUAACUCUCAAAAAUCGUCAUCAUUCAACGGCAACAUCAACAAUGUCCCAUUGUUCGCAUCGCAUUGCAUAUAAUGAUGAAAUAAAAUAUUGGGAUUUUUUUGUACGUGAAAUUGAUUGA